GCUUAGUCACGGUGGUGAUUAGGAAGAUUUGUCGGUUGAUCGUUACUUGUAUGUAGAUAUUUAGUUUAACACAAGUAAUACAUUUCACUUCAAGGUGUUUAAAUACAAUGAAGAAAUUCGCAAUUUUUGUAGGAAUUGUGCUCCUCGCGUCUAUCUGUAUCAGCGCAGCCGCAAUUGUGUAUAAUGUUCUUUCCAACGACCACGUGUCCAACGCUGCGUGCAACCACUGGCCUGGGUCCGCCACGACGCCCAGCUAUGCAUGGGGCUCCUGGUGGUGCAACUGGUUCGACAAGGUCAAAACCUAUACUGGCGCGGCGAUUGGAAUUGCCGCGUCGCAAAUUGGACUAACCUUGACGUUAAUGGUGGCCUGCCUGAUUUUCAGAAAUAAGAUGGAGAAAAGACACCAUGCUUACCUUGGCUACAUAAUUUUCCAACUAUUCCUCUCCAUCGCUUUGAUUGUAGUGGUUCUCAUCCCAGCGACGGAUCUGUGGCCGGAAUCCUUCACAGAAAUAGACUGGGGAUGGGGCACCUCUCUUCUUUCCGUGGCGGGAUAUUUCUUAGCCAUUUUGACCCUCAUUUUGCACCGAAGAAGCGAGAAAGCAGGCGAAUUUGUUUGACUGGAUUGAUACAAUAUUUAUAGAAAUUCUUCGUUUUUAAUAGAUUACUUUGUAAUUGGUUUUUGAUUGCGUUAAACUAAUUACUAAAAAUUGAGGAGGCUUUAUAUUAAUAAGAAUACAUUGACGCAAUUAACGCCAAUCUUCGUAAAUUCUUUCUUACCAAGAUCAGCAUACGAUCCAAAAACAUGCUCUACAUCUUCCUCAGAUUUUGUAAUUUGGUUGGUAACCAAAAAUUAUCGCAGAAAAGUUUACACGCGUGGUUACGGGAUUACGAAGGUUGACGUGAAUUGGCUCAUUAUAAGUUACCAUAAUAAUUAACUGGUGUGAAAGGAAUCCAUAUUUAUCAGAGGUGGGCAAGAUCAAAGUUUUCGAAGAUCAAGAUAAAAGAUCAAGAUCAAUUUUUGCGCCCCACAAGAUAAAGAUCAAGAUAAAGAUAAAUCUGCAGAAUACUGAAGAUAAAAGAUCAAGAUCAAGAUCAAAUCCCAGAUCAAGAUCAAGAUCACAAGAUCAAAUAAAUUCCAGAUAUGUUGCAAAUAUUUUUUAUACAUAUAUAAACCGAUAAAUACAACUAGGUGUAAUAUAUGUACGUAGUGUGCACUGUGCACAUUACAAAUACUAGAUAAGUAACGAAAAUUGGUUGUCUGACCAAUUUUAGUUAUUCAAAGCUGACAGCGUCAACGUUGUUAUAAUUUCGUAUAGUUACAUAUAUAAUACAUAACAAAAUAUUUGCUCUGAUGUUUUAAGUUGCCCUUAUACUUCAUUUCUUGGUAAAUUAAGUAAUAGUUGAAGUAUCCGGUCGACGGGCUAACAAUAUUCGCAUUUUUAGGAAAUAGAUCGCCGUUUGAAGAACUGAUUCCAUUAAUCAGUAAAAAAAAAUUAAAUCCCGUACGAGUGUUUUUCGUUUCCUUGCAAGUACUUUGAGUAGGUGAUAUUUUUAAAAUAUCAAUGUUUCAAAAUGCUACUUUUCAUAUUUGGGAUUUGUUUGAUCUUGAACUUAAUAUCUUGAAUGUGUUGAAGAUCAAGAUCAAGAUAGAAGAUCUUACCGAGCCAGAUCAAGAUCAAGAUCAAGAUCAAAAGCUCCAGCCGAAGAUCAAAGAUCAAGAUAUUAUCUUGAUCUUUGAUCUUGAUCUGCUAUCUGACAAGGGAACCUUAAGUACUGUCACCUCUAGAUUUCCUUCGGAAUAGCCUUAAUCGACAGAUAAUUUAGUGAAACUAAAACUUUGUCA